CACCGGCAGGGCCAGGUCAUCGUGUCGGAGGCCACCAUCGUGGGCGUCCGCAAGACCGGGCAGAUCUGGCCCAGCGAUGGGGACAGCUUGUCCGGCAGGCUGCCUCAGGAUGGCACCUUCCAUGGAGACGCAGAUACGUCGUUUGGAACGCCACCUGGCUAUAGUUGUGCUGCAGACCGGGCUGAGGAGCAGCGCCGGCACCAAGAUGGGCUGCCCUACAUCGAUGACUCACCCUCUUCCUCACCCCACCUUGGCAACAAGGGCAGGGGCAGCCGGGAUGCACUGGCCUCAGGAACCCUGGAGUCUACCAAAGCGAAUGAGCUGGACUUGGAAAAGGGCUUGGAGAUGAGGAAGUGGGUGCUGUCUGGAAUCCUGGCUAGCGAGGAGACUUACCUGAGCCACCUGGAGGCGCUGCUGCUGCCCAUGAAGCCUUUGAAGGCUGCUGCCACCACCUCUCAGCCAGUGCUGACAAGCCAGCAGAUUGAGACCAUCUUCUUCAAAGUGCCUGAGCUCUAUGAGAUCCACAAGGAGUUCUAUGACGGGCUCUUCCCCCGAGUACAGCAGUGGAGCCACCAGCAGCGAGUGGGUGACCUCUUCCAGAAACUGGCCAGCCAGCUGGGUGUGUACCGGGCCUUUGUAGAUAACUACGGAGUUGCCAUGGAAACGGCUGAGAAGUGCUGUCAGGCCAACGCUCAGUUUGCAGAAAUCUCUGAGAACCUGAGAGCCAGAAGCAACAAGGAUGCCAAGGAUCAGACGACCAAGAACUCUUUGGAAACCCUGCUCUACAAGCCUGUGGACCGGGUGACGCGCAGCACGCUGGUUCUGCAUGACUUGCUGAAGCACACGCCCUCCAGCCACCCAGACCACCCUCUGCUGCAGGAUGCCCUACGUAUCUCACAGAACUUCUUGUCCAGCAUCAACGAGGAGAUCACGCCCCGCCGCCAGUCCAUGACUGUGAAGAAGGGAGAGCACCGGCAGCUGCUAAAGGACAGCUUCAUGGUGGAGCUGGUGGAGGGGGCCCGCAAGCUGCGCCACGUCUUCCUGUUCACCGACCUGCUCCUCUGCACCAAGCUGAAGAAGCAGAGUGGAGGCAAAACCCAGCAGUAUGACUGCAAAUGGUACAUCCCGCUCACGGAUCUCAGCUUCCAGACAGUGGAUGAGUCGGAGGCGGCUCCCAACAUCCCCCUGGUGCUGGACGAGGAGUUGGAUGCCAUGAAGAUCAAGAUAUCCCAGAUCAAGAAUGAUAUCCAGAGAGAGAAGAGAGCAAACAAGGGCAGCAAGGCCAUCGAGAGGCUGAAGAAGAAGCUUUCAGAGCAAGAGUCACUGCUCCUGCUUAUGUCCCCCAGCAUGGCCUUCAGGGUGCACAACCGCAAUGGCAAGAGUUACACAUUCCUCAUCUCAUCUGACUAUGAGCGUGCUGAGUGGAGAGAGAACAUCCGGGAGCAGCAGAAGAAGUGUUUCAAAAGUUUCUCCCUAACAUCCGUGGAGCUGCAGAUGUUGACCAAUUCGUGUGUCAAACUUCAGACCGUCCACAGCAUUCCACUGACCAUCAACAAAGAAGAUGAUGAAUCUCCGGGGCUCUAUGGAUUUCUCAAUGUCAUCGUCCACUCCGCCAGCGGCUUUAAGCAGAGUUCAAAUCUGUACUGUACCCUGGAGGUUGAUUCCUUCGGUUAUUUUGUGAAUAAAGCCAAGACUCGCGUUUACAGAGACACAGCUGAGCCCAACUGGAAUGAGGAGUUUGAGAUUGAGCUGGAAGGCUCCCAGACCUUGAGGAUUCUCUGCUAUGAAAAGUGUUACAACAAAACAAAGAUCACCAAGGAGGACGGCGAGAGCACAGACAGGAUCAUGGGGAAGGGCCAAGUCCAGCUGGACCCCCAGGCCCUGCAGGACAGAGACUGGCAGCGGACUGUCAUCGCCAUGAACGGGAUUGAAGUGAAACUCUCCAUCAAGUUCACCAGCAGGGAGUUCAGCUUGAAGAGAAUGCCUUCCCGAAAACAGACAGGUGUCUUCGGAGUCAAGAUUGCCGUGGUCACCAAGAGAGAGAGGUCCAAGGUGCCCUACAUCGUGCGCCAGUGCGUGGAGGAGAUCGAGCGGCGGGGCAUGGAGGAAGUAGGCAUCUACCGUGUGUCUGGAGUGGCCACAGACAUCCAGGCACUGAAGGCAGCCUUUGACGUCAAUAACAAGGAUGUGUCCGUGAUGAUGAGUGAGAUGGACGUGAACGCCAUUGCCGGAACGCUGAAGCUGUACUUCCGUGAGUUGCCGGAGCCCCUCUUCACCGACGAGUUCUACCCCAACUUCGCCGAAGGCAUCGCUCUUUCAGACCCCGUUGCAAAGGAGAGCUGCAUGCUUAAUUUGCUGCUGUCGCUCCCAGAGGCCAACCUGCUGACCUUCCUCUUCCUUCUGGACCACCUGAAAAGGGUGGCAGAGAAGGAGACGGUGAACAAGAUGUCCCUGCACAACCUUGCCACAGUCUUCGGCCCCACGCUGCUCCGGCCAUCAGAGAAGGAGAGCAAGCUCCCUGCCAACCCCAGCCAGCCCAUAUCCAUGACCGACAGCUGGUCCCUGGAAGUCAUGUCCCAGGUCCAGGUGCUGCUGUACUUCCUGCAGCUGGAGGCCAUCCCUGCCCCAGACAGCAAGAGACAGAGCAUCCUAUUCUCCACUGAAGUCUAAAGGGUCAAUUCCAUCUCUGAGAGGCCAGCAGAACGGCCUGGAAACCUCCUGGAAAAACGGGCUAUCCACAGAGUGGGAACCGAAUCUUCUUGAGGAGUAAUUAGGCCACCCCGCCCCCAAGGGCUGGACUACCCUUGUCUAGGGACUGCCUAGAGACAACUACCCAAGGCAAAAGGCCAAGUGGCCUGGGCAGUUCUGGACCCCGCCCCCCCGGCCCUUGGGCCUGUGAGCUUGCAAGGAGCCUCAGACUGUGGUUUUCCAUGCUGCCACCAGAGGGUGCCCCAAGCCAGCAUGCCUCAGCGCGCAGCAGGCCUGGCCGUGGGACCAGGUGAAGGGAGUGGUUUCUACGAACUUACCAGAGUUUGAGAUUUCUACUGGAACGCUUGUCAAGAUGCACCCUCUCCAGGGAGAAGGGAACGUGACCAGAUUCCCUCACUAUCGUGUCUUGAAUAAACACCGAUGCUGCUUCA